AUGAUAGCCUUAUGCAUUCCGCCAUUACCUCACCAAUAAGUACCUCCAAAUUCCAGCAUUCUCGCAUUCGCCUGUCGCCAUCAGAUUAUUUGACACCGUCGACACACCGUAGUCACACUAAUAGUAGUCACAAAGGAGGCAAUUGUCGGUUGUACUUGGCAUAAAUUCGGAAAACACUUCCCGUGAGCAGCAUUUGGGAUCCAAUGGCUCCCCAUAGAUGCUUACUCCUAGCAGUAAUAACCCUGGCCGUCACCAUAACUCUUCUCCCCGUCGCCACUGCAAACAAGCACACCCCACAGUCACACCGCCACCAGAAGCAACCGCAGCAGCAGCGCCAGCCCCAUUUCCUCACCAUAUUCACAGCACCCAAGCCCUACACGUCCAUCCUCGACCCUUCCUCCCCCCACGCGGACCCGCAGCGGCGCGCGCUGCUCUCCUGGCUGCGCUUGCGCCCGUCCCCCAAGAUCGUCCUCCUGGGGAACGACUCCUCUUUCCACGCGCUCGCGCGGCAAUUCCCCGAGCACGUCGCGGUCGAAUCCGCUAUCGACACGAAUUUCUACGGUGUGCCGCAGGUCCAUAGCGUUAUCGCGCGCGCUCAAACCGCGGAUACGCCCGUCUCGAUGGUCAUCAACGCAGAUGUCGUGCUACUGAACGACGUCAUGGCUGCCAUGCGAAAAGUUCACGAAAGCUUUCGCCACUGGGUGGUAACCGCGGCGCGGUGGGACAUGCCCGAGGAUUUUCCGUACUCGUUCGAGCGGGAAAUGUGGGCGGGCCGCGGCCAUCGGGAACAUGAGGCGACAAUUCGCGAGUUCGUACGUACGCACGGCACGCUGCACACGUACGGCGGAGUCGACUUCUGGGCGUGGAACAACGACGACCGUACGCCGGUCCCGCUGGUGAAAGAAACCGUACCGCCGUUCUCGUACGGUCGCGGGAAGUACGACAACUGGCUGACGCAUGAGAUCAUCGCGUCGGGAUUGCGGGAGAUUGUCGACGCCAGCGAGGCCGUCACGGCCGUGCACGUGGCGCACUCCUAUUCGCACGUGGUGGAGUCGGCGUUCACGAAAAACGCGGCGGGAUUGGCGGGGAAGAGCUUCUGGAGCACGCGGGUGAACAGUAGCUGGGAGCUGUUCGCCAACAUUCACCUCGCGCACACGCACGGCACGUACGCCAAUCAGAAAGGGACACCUCUGCACGUGCCGGUCAAGCUGAUGAACUGCCUGGAAGCUUCGGCCAACUUCCUUUGCCUGCAGCGGCGCCUGCGCCCCGCGGUGUGUUCGUGCGAGUACUCCUCCUCAGUGGCCGCCUCUCAGACGGACCCCAAGCUGAGCGCCAAGCAGCAGCAGUGGACGUGCGGGUCUGUGGCCUCCACCAACGUCACCGACUACACCAUCAACCCCAUCCCCCACACAGCUAACUCCUCCAGCAGCAGCAGCAGCAGCAGCAGUGCAGGAACGGGGAAUCCAGCCAACUCCUCCUCCUCCUCCUCCCCCUCCUCCUCUCCUGUGGGCCUCCCCCACACCAUGGAGCAGCUGCUGCCAGUGUUAGCGCGCAGGGUACCGGACGGGCAGGGAGGGGAGCUACAGGUGGUGACGCUGGUGGCGGUGACGGCGGGGUAUGCAGAGAUGCUGAUGAGCUUUGUGUGCCGCCUGCGCUCCCUCGGCCUCGCCUCCAACCUCCUCGUCGCCGCCCUCGACGAGGACCUCUACCGCUUCGCCUUCACGCAGGGCCUGCCCGUGUACUACGAGCAGGCAAGCGAAGAGGUGAAGCACAUGAGAGCCAGUGAGUGUGGCUACGGCAGCCAGUGCUUCCGCCAUUUCACCAAGCUAAAGUCUCGCUCCGUGCUCAAAGUCCUCAAGGCCGGUUACUCAGUGCUCUGGACCGAUGUCGACAUCGUCUGGUUCACCGACCCUCUCCCGGACCUCCUCUCGUAUGGCUCGGGAACUCUCCCAAUCCAGAGCAACGAACCGGACGCGAACCUUCCAGGAACCGGUGUCCGGAGGAUCAACUCGGGGUUCUAUUUCGCCCGGGCAGACCAGAAAACAGUCGAGGCGUUCGAGGCGAUCACUGCGCAUGCAGCAGCGACAAAACUUUCGGAGCAGCCGAGUUUCUAUGAUGUUCUAUGUGGGGAGGCAGGGGAGCUUGUAGCUGCCGGAAGGGAGGAGUGCGUGUGGAAGAACGGGCUAAGAACCGUGUUUCUAGACAGAGCUCGAUACCCCAACGGUGCGGUACAUGGCUUGUGGGAGCAGAAGGAUGUGAGCCGGGCGUGUGCCAAGGUGGGAUGCUCCAUUCUGCAUAAUAACUGGAUUUCGGGGCGGGAGGAGAAGAUGAGGCGGUUUCUGAUGAACGACAUGUGGCAUUACGAUGCUGAACGGCACAUGUGCGUGUGGGAGUGGCAUGGGAAGGUGCCGCCGUUGGUGAGGCAUGGGGGGGAUGGGAUAGGCAGAGUUGAGACGAGCGAGGGAGCUGGUGGGGCGAUGCAGAGGAAGAGGGUCCGCAAGCAAGCUUCUGCAGCAGCACUGUAGGGUAUGGGUUGAGUUGGGUUGAUUUGACUUGCUUGCACAGUUAACCACGCAGUUCUAUGAAUAGCAGCACUUUUUCGGGGGGGCCUCCCCUCCUGUGAUUGAGUUGAGAUGCCU